AUGUCAUUGCAGAUGAUGAUUGUAUUUGGCCUAUUGGUCACCGAAAUGACGCUAAUGACGAUUCUAGUUAUGCCUUUGCCCCACAAGGUUCAGGACGGUUUUGUCAACCUGGCUUAUAAGUUACUACAAAAUCCCAAUGUCAAGGUAGGAUUGGUAUUUGGGGCCUCAGUGCUCGGCAUGAUGUUCAUGGAUGCUCUUAGAACCGCCGUUCCAAAAAUACCCAAAGAGUAUCAUCCCGGCAUGCCAGCCUCCGGGAAUGUUCCACCAGUGCCUACAAUGAUGGCUGGUGCUACCUGGAGCGAGGUGCGGGUCCGCAAAUUCUACUCUCAACGCAACAUGUACUUGACCGGUGGUACUCUCUUCCUCGGCAUCGCUAUCUACUUUAACAUCAUUCUUUUAAAGAGCAUGGUCAAAAAUAAGGAGAAGCUGAUUCAGGCCACGGUUGUUAGCAAAGAAAAAAAAAGGGUGUUUCCACUGUGGAAUACGAGGAACUAA